AUGGCUGCCGACGUGGAGAAAAUGUAUCGCAAAAUGCUUCAUUUUGCCAUCAACCGAAGAUUCCUGCGAAUCCGCUUCAGGGCGACGCCCACCGAUCUGGUUUUCACCUAUGAACUGCAGACAAUCACCAAUGAUACUGCGUCUGCUCCGUUCUUGGCCACUAGGACUCUGCAGCAGAUCGCUUUGGAUAAUGGAUACCAACUUGCAGCUGCUGUAGAAGCGGUCAUCCACGAUUUCUACAUCGACGAUUUUCUGUCUGGUGCCGACGAUGUAGAAUCUACCAUCCAGCUUCGCAAGCAGCACGUUCCACCGGAAGAUCUGGCCCUCAAACCUCUACAUGAUCUACAAGAUGAGCAAGCAGUUCCAACUCCCGGUCUCAUCUGGGAACCAUCGAACGACGUACUUCGGGUUAAGGUCCAGCUACCACUUUCUGCUGCGGUCCUGACGAAAUGUAAGAUGACUUCCUACAUCGCUCAAAUCGUCGACCCGCUUGGUCUCAAACUGCUCGCACUCUUGGUCAUCCUGGGAGUUGGCUUUGCCAGCGCCAAUCUGCGCUCGGAGGUCGACCAGCUGCUGGUCUUCUACCCGAUGGAGCAAGUCCGCGAAAUCUACGACUGGUGGAUCACCCACGAUGCCGAAGUUGGAGAGAUCUACGCCUUCAUGCAGAGCAACGAAGCCGACGAUGCCUGGAACGUGCUGAUCGGACAACCGGAAUUGCAGGAAAUCUCCCGUUGGGCUGAGGAACGCGACGUCAUGCUGGCCGAGUAUCUGAACUUCAUUGCCGGCCUUUUCGGCUGGACCCCGAUCCCACGUGCCGUCCGCACCACGGCCGGUCGCUCCUGGUCUUCCAUGAUGGAGGAAAUCCGUGCCGUCACCGAUACCGAUGGUGCCGUCGCUCUGGCCAACCAGUUCAUUGCCACCCCCGGAAGCGAAUUCGCUGAGCUGUACCGCAUGACCCAGGAUGCCCGCCCGGCUUUCACCCGCACCAUUGAGGAUCAGGCUGUGCUGCGGUGGUCCGCCCAGCUGCGUGCCUUCGGUGUUGACAUCGAUGGUACCAUUGCCCGUCUGCGAAACUUUUUCCAGUGGAACUAAAUUUUACUACUUCGAUGGAUCAAUAAAAUUUGAAGAUGGCUAA